UAAAAAUUAUACAUUUUUUAACUAACAAAAUUUUGUGUUUAUAGUUAUUAAGAUUUUGUAACACUUUUACAGUUAUACAAUUAAUUUCUCUGAAAAAUAUUUAUAUAAUAUUUGCUUUUUUUGAAAAUAUUAAUCCUUUUUUUUUAUCAAAUUCUAUCAUCUGCCUAGCACAUCGAAGUACAAUACAAUAAAUAUGGAGGAUUUACGAAGAUAUUUAUACCAAACCUUGACUAAAGUUGAAGGUCUUUACUCAAUUCUAAUAUCUGAUCAUGAUGGUGUUAUUAUUUUAAAAGCCCAUGCCAAUAAAGCAUCUGAACAAAAUUCAAAUUACAAACAUUCAUUUUUAUCAGAAUUUAAUUCUGCAUCAGAACAAGCAGGAAAAUUGGAACUUGGAAAAAAUAAAACAGUGAUUUGUUUUUACACAAACAACCAAAUAGUCCAGUUAAAUUGCUCAAGAUUCUUAAUUACAUUUGUGGCUUCUGAAAAAGCAAAUACUGGUAAUAUAUUAGGGCUAGAAAAAGUACUGGAACCAUUACUUAAGGAUUUACAAGCUAUACAGUUUCCUUGAUUGUUUUUUAUUAUUAAUAUUAUCAUUAUUAUUAUUACUAUGUUAUAUUAUAUAAUAUGAUAAAUC